CUGCUGACGUCACUUUUCAACGGUCUUGCCGCCACCGCGCCUGCGCAAGACGCUGAGCUGCCAUGGCAACGGCUGCAGCUUGUCACCACCGGAGCCGGAGGAGAAGCGGGGCCGCUAGUUAGCUCGUCUCCGAACUGAGUUAACGACUUUCUCCCGCUUUUAACUCGCUCGUUAACGAACUCAGGACGCAGCGGAAUGACGGAGGAGUGAGUUCUCGUGGUGUUUGGUUCACUGCGAGAGCGCCAUGACGGUCCGCUUUAAGUGUCAGAGUGAAUACCAGAGGAGUUACGGCACUCAUCGGUCUAGAAGUGUUUCUCCUCAGCGCUGCACGCCGUUAGCAGGACUUCGAUCCGAUCAGAUGGUUGUCACCAGAGAACCUCGUCUGCAGCACCGCAGGAAGCUCGGUCCGGUCGGUCCGGCUCGGUCCUGCAGCUCUUUGCUUUUUCCAGCGGAUGUGCAGAACUCUGAGGCUGAACCAGCUGCUCGCUCUCACACCGCUUCCAGAAGCCGCUCAGCCGACACCAAGGAGCCCAAACCUCCAACGCCUCCUAAAACUCCAGCCGGACCUCGACCCGCUGCAGACCCGAGACCUUCAGAACCUCCAGAACCAGCAGCAGAGCCAGCAUCUGAGGGGAAACCUGCUAAGCCCCGCCCCUCACGUCCCGACAACCAAUCACAGCCCAGCCGACCUCAGACAGCAGCACCUGAUGGACAGCAGCAGGAGGAUGGAGUGAUGCGAUGGAGGGCGGGGCUUCGAUCCAGAGGUCAAAGGUCAGAGUAUCACAGACAGUUUGGCUGGAAGAAAAACGCCGCUUCACCUUUACUGAGUGCAGAACAGGUGCUGAACUCCGUCCCUUCCUUUAAGAAAAACUCGGUUCCCAUGGAGACAGAGUACAGACGGAGCUUCCUGGGUCAGGCCCCGCCCACUGGGCCACGCCUCAGGAAACACAUGGAGCUCCAGAGAGUCCCGCUGUUCCACACACACGCGACCAACAGGAGGAGGGAGGAGCCACAGAAGAAGCUCCGCUCCGAACAGGAAGCUGCUCUGAGAGACGACGCCGCAUCACACCUGAAGGCCACGCCCCCUCCUCAGGUGCAGAGAGGACUCAGCAGGAACCCAGAAGGAUGCGGAGCCACGGAGGGCGACGCCCACCAGGUGAAGGAGUUGAGGCAGCAGGCCUUGUCGUACCGCCAACGCGCCUGGGGAACCAACUUCUCCAGAGGACACCUGAGCCAGCUGCUGUCUGAACACAACUUCCUGUGGGAGCCGUCGGACGCCACCGAUUCACCGGCCGACACCGCUACCCCCCGACCGACAGCCGACCUCCAUCCUGAGGCAGACAGUCGCAGUCCUUCACAUGUGGAGGUCCUGGACCUGGCCAGUAACUCCAGUAAGACGGCGUCAGUUGUGGGUUCAGGAGGAAAACGGCACAUUCGCAAGAAGACACAAACGAACCAACAAACACCUCCAGGACCUCCUGAACGACGUACAGCCUGGGGAGAAGAAGAAGAAGAAGAAGAAGAAAAUACUGAUGAAGAGGAGGGUCGGCUGCCGACUCCCAGGCUGAAAAUGAGGCCGGUUCAGAGGACUCACCAUGACCUCACCACACCCGCCGCCGGUGGCGCAAUAAUAGUUGGAAAACUGAAGGGUGCUGAUGAUUUGUCUCCGUCCAAACAGAGAUCUGGAUCAUCUGUUUCCACGGCAACGAGGGCGGAGACUGUUGCCGACCUGCCAGCCAAACCAAAAGAGGCGUGGUCAGACAAUAACCCUGCUUCCGUUAGCCACUCCUCCGAGCACAAACCAGCUUCCAAUCUUCCGUCUAAACCAAUCAGGACGAAGCAAACUCCUAUGUCCCCUGUGGCUCCGCCCCCUCUAGUGCCGCUGCCUCAGCACUGCAUCCAGGGAACUCUGAGACACCCGGACUUCCAGCACAACGGUGAGCUCGGCCUGAGGUUCAGGGAGCUGCCGUGUCCAGGUGGAGGCUGUGGAUCAGAUGAAGACGACCGGCUCUCGGUGAUGUCGUGGCGGUCGGCCGCCUCCUGCUCCAUGGCGUCCGCCGUCCUGGAGCGCGCUCAGAAGAGACGGGAGAACUUCUGGGGGAAGAGAUGACGUUGCCAUGGAAACUAGCGUGUGCUGCUUAUAGAGCUGAGUGGUUCGUGUGUCCGAUGGAUGCGUUUUUACACUGAGACUUUUUUUAUAGAAGAAUCCAGGAUGUAAAUAUUAAGUCACUGAAUUUAUGUUGCUUUUUAUGUAAAUAUGAGCCAGUUUAAAUGGAGGUAAUUUUACAUAAAACAACCAAAUCUAAAAAAAGUUCCUCCUAGACCUCCUCAGAACAUCUGGUUCUUCAUCUCCAGUAACUUUAUCAAUGAUCAGAGUUCUACCUUCACACUGUGAAUAUUUCCAGAGUUCCAGUUCCUUAAAGUGCAUAGAGGAGAACGUCCCUGUAGAAAGUUCUGGAGUAGACCUACCGACAACUGGACAGUUCUCCUUUCUUUCUUCCAGUCCUUCAGUUUAGUCUCACUUAGAAAAUUUGAGGUCCUUUAAGUCCAUAGAGGAGGGUCCAGAUUUAUCACUUUUAAUGGACUUUUUCCAUCAUUUCAGCCUCAGAACUUCAUCAGUCCAGCAGAUAGAACCAUGACAUUUAGGAGGAAAAACUGCAACAACUAGCUGGAAAAUUACCCCAAAAACAGACAAAUGAACCACAAAAAGAGACCACAUUUCCACUGAAAGAUGCAAAAUCACCACAAAAAGUCCAAAACUAUCACAAACACAUACAAUUUCUGUUUGUUUUGUCUCAUUUCUAGUAGUCUUCUGUUAUUUCUGGUUGUUUUGUGUGUAUUUCUGGUUGUUUUGUGUCUAUUUCUGGUUGUUUUAAGUCUUUUUCUGGUUUUGUGUCUAUUUCUGGUUGUUUUGUUUCUAUUUCUGAUUGUUUUGUGUCUAUUUGUAGUUGUUUUGUGUCAUUUCUGGUUGUUUUGUGUCUAUUUCUGGUUGUUUUGUGUCUAUUUCUGGUUGUUUUGUGUCUAUUUGUAGUUGUUUUGUGUCAUUUCUGUGACUACCACAGUGAAUGCAUAGUCCUGACAGUGAAGCAUGGAGGUAAGAAUGUGAUGGUAUGGGGCCAGAGAACACUUUGAAAGGUGCAUUCUGGGUAAACUUCAUCCUCAUAUCAUCAUGUUGGUAGGUGGUUGGUCAGAACAAGUUCUGGAGAAUGAAAGAAGAAGCUGAGCUCAUCUGGAGACAGGAUUCCUGCUCUGUUUUUCUAAUAAACCCAUAUUUUAACACAUGAGAAUGUAGCUUCUGUGCAGUUUGCUUUUCAAAUUUACUUUAACUCUAAAAAUACUCAUAGUAUGAAGGUAAAACUUUGCUUCAGUAAAUAUACUAAAGUUACUGCAGAUAAAGAACCAGAUGGUUGGGAGGAGGUCUAGUUGGAGGUUUGUUUUUUAUGGGAUGGUUUUUCACUGCUUGCCCAGAAAUGUGGAAGCUGUUGGUUGCUAACAAACACAACUUCCACUCAUGUUGAACUUUAAGGUCAGCUGCACUUUGUCUGUUUCCUCCUGAGAACCUGAAAACUUCCUGAAACAUCCUUUACUUCUGGAUCUCCAGCAGUCGUGCUUUUCUAUGUUGACGUCAAACGUCAGAUUUUAGUUUCAGCCCAAUAAAGUAAACUCUUGGGCUGCAUUUCCAUUGAAACUUCCAGGAACUUCUACCCACCCGUGAAAGUUUCCAAAGAACCACAGAUUUCUUUACUAUCAUCUGUAUUUGUCUAAAGAUUAAUCAGCAGAAAGAUGUUUGAUGAAACAGCUAAAAUGAGAAUUAAUGUAACAUGUAGAAUCAAGUGGUUUUGAUGAAAUGGCAUGAAUUAAAUUUAAAUUUGAUUACCUUUCCCAACAGAACAGCACGCUGCGAAGGAGUAGUUGAAGUAGAGUUGAUUUGUUGACCCGUCCAUCCACCCCAACCUCCUCCUGUUAUAUUUACUUAAACCACCAGAGGGCGCUUCACAAGAACAUGUAGCAAUGGUUCAUUAAAAAACAGCUGCACAAACUUACAUUAAGAGCAUUUUUAACGUGAGGAAACUCAGAAACUAGCAAUUAUUUUGUAUUACUGAUCAAUCUGUUGGGCAUUUUUUUGUUAUUUAUUAGGUUGUUGUUAAUAAUGUGUCCGAUAAACAUUCAUAUUUUGAGUCAAAAUGUGCUUUUCUAAGGUUAGAUGACCUUAGUCUUUAUGGUUACAAUAACAAACAUGCGGGGUUUUUUUUUUUUUUUUUUUUAACAUUUUUAAGUAAUAUUGUCACUUUAAAGAAGAAAAUGUCCGUAUUAAAGUCCUGCUGUAUUGUCGACCCGUCCAUCCACCCCAUCCUCCUCCUCCCUCCACACUGGUCAGAAUUACUUUGGCCACUAGAGCGCUUCAGAAGAUAACAUAGUUACUUCUGCUGCAAAAAAGAAGCAAUGAGGUGAUUUUUAAUGAGAGGAACCCAGAAACCAGCAAUUAUUUUUGGUACUGAUCAGUCUCUCUGGUAUUUUAUUAGUUAUUUGUCAGUAUUUAUUUUGAGCUAAAAUGUGCUUUGUUGAGAUUAGAGGACGUUCGUUGUCAUGGUUACAAUACCAAACAUGCGGUUUUAAAGUUUUAACGUGACGCUGACUAUCGCUUUAAAACAGAAACCGUAGUAAGAUCCUGCUGAACUGUUGACCCGUCCAUCCGCCCCAACCUCCUCUAACAGUUAUUUUUGUGUUCCUGAUCAAUCUGUUGAGCAUUUUUCUGUUAUUUAUUAGUUAUUUGUCAAUAAUGUUCUGGAUUAAAGUCUUGUUUGCAACAAAAGAACCCAAAGAAAAGCAGCGGAUCAUCUCCAUUUCACUUGUUACACUUAAUAUAUAUGCAUUUUUUUUUUAAAUAAAAUAAAAUAACAAAAUAAAGUUUGUGUUGUUAUGAUGCUCUCUGCUGGUUUCUAUUUUUAGCCGUUAGUUUUAUUAAACUGGGAAUUAACAGCAAAAGCCCUGAAAACGUC